AAAAUGGUAAAAAGAAAACAACGUGUUGCAUCAAAAAGAGAGAGCAUAAGCCGCCACAAGGAGAGGAGAGACAUCCAUACAUGCAGUUUUAAACCGUGGCGGAGACAAUUCGGAUUUUUCGCCUCACAUUGACCGACUUGAGGAAGAGCCUCUACUUUCUCGCUGGUUACAUUGCAAAAUCAGGAAAGAAAUUAGGUCAGAACAUCUGGAUCGAUCGAGAUAGAUAGAUAGGCAGAAAGAAUGGGUCGUAAGAAAGUGGAGCUAAAACGAAUCGAAAACAAGAGCAGUCGCCAAGUUACUUUUUCAAAGAGGAGAAAUGGAUUGAUUAAGAAAGCUCACGAACUCUCUGUUCUUUGUGACGUCCAAGUAGCUGUCCUCAUCUUUUCAAAUGGAGGCAAGCUCUACGAAUUCUCUAGCGUUGGCAGUAUAGCCAAAAUCCUCGAGCGUUACAACAGUCAUUCUGAAGUGAUGGCUACUUCAUCUAAAGGUGCUAAUGAUUCAGAGGUAUACUUUGGUAAAUACGCAAAUUUGAAAUCAGCUGCGGAGAUGCUGCAAAUACCUCAAAGGAAACUUGAAGGUUCAUGUCCUGGGGAGCAGACCUUGAGUGAGUUUGUGCAACUAGCGACAGAGCUUGAUGCUGCACUAACAUGUGUCAGAGCUAGAAAGAUGCAACUGAUGCUGGAGUCGGUGAAGUCUCUCCAGGACAAGGAAAAGAUGCUGAAAGAGGAAAACCAACUGCUACAGAAACAGAUUGUAGCAAUGAAGAAUGGUGGUGAAAUUUAUAACGGCAAGGUGGAUCACCCUUUGGGUCAUCCUCCACAACAAACAACACUGUGUUUACUUAAAUAGCAAGGCAGCACCGCAUGUGUGACAACUUACCGAUGGAGAUGCGCCACAAUGGCAGACACUCUAGUAGUUACCUCUUUGAUCUCACGUGCAUGUACUAGUAGCCUGCAUUUACCUUCAUUGUCUUGCUGCCAAAGUUGCAUUUCCACUGUUUAUGCCUCUGUUCUCUAUCUUAUCUGAGCCUAUGUGCAUAAGUUUCCUCCAGACUACCAAGCAUCUUAACUCUUGUUUUCAAGCAUUUCCAACAAAUCAAAAGCUUAUUUUUCCGUCAUUGACUCAUUGUUCUAUUAUGGCCUGCUGUUGAUAUUCAUUGUAAGAGUAUAUAAAUAAAUGAGCUUGAGGAGCUUGCACUAAAUAUUCAUAUGGAAA